CUUCUCCACGCCGCCCGCCCAACGAGGCAGCGGCCAGCGAGGGACCCCACCUGAGGGCGGCUCGGGCUGCUGAGUUCGUUUUGUGUCUGAGCUCCGAGCUCCGCGCCCCGCGCGGAACCGACCCCGUGCUCAUGGCUCUGAUCAUGGAACCGGUGAGCAAAUGGUCUCCGAGUCAAGUAGUGGACUGGAUGAAAGGUCUUGAUGACUGUUUGCAGCAGUAUAUUAAGAACUUUGAGAGGGAGAAGAUCAGUGGAGACCAGCUGCUGCGCAUUACACAUCAAGAGCUAGAGGAUCUGGGGGUCAGCCGCAUCGGCCAUCAGGAACUGAUCUUGGAAGCGGUUGACCUUCUGUGUGCACUGAAUUAUGGCUUGGAAACAGAAAAUCUAAAAACCCUUUCUCACAAGUUGAAUGCAUCUGCCAAAAAUCUACAGAAUUUUAUAACAGGAAGGAGAAGGAGUGGCCAUUAUGAUGGGAGAACCAGCCGAAAACUGCCAAAUGAUUUUCUCACUUCGGUUGUGGAUCUGAUUGGAGCAGCCAAGAGUCUGCUUGCCUGGUUGGACAGAUCACCAUUUGCUGCUGUCACAGACUAUUCAGUUACAAGGAAUAAUGUCAUACAGCUCUGCUUGGAAUUAACAACAAUCGUGCAACAGGAUUGUACUGUAUAUGAAACAGAGAAUAAAAUUCUUCAUGUGUGUAAAACUCUUUCUGGAGUCUGUGACCACAUCAUAUCCCUGUCAUCAGAUCCUCUAGUUUCGCAGUCUGCCCACCUUGAAGUGAUUCAGCUGGCAAACAUCAAACCAAGUGAAGGGCUGGGUAUGUAUAUUAAAUCAACAUAUGAUGGCCUCCAUGUAAUUACUGGAACUACAGAAAAUUCACCUGCAGAUCGGUGCAAGAAAAUCCAUGCUGGUGAUGAAGUGAUUCAAGUUAAUCAUCAGACUGUGGUGGGGUGGCAGUUGAAAAAUUUGGUGAAUGCACUACGAGAGGACCCGAGUGGUGUUAUCUUAACUUUGAAAAAGCGACCUCAGAGCAUGCUUACCUCAGCACCAGCUUUACUGAAAAAUAUGAGAUGGAAGCCCCUUGCUCUGCAGCCUCUUAUACCUAGAAGUCCCACAAGCAGCGUUGCCACGCCUUCCAGCACCAUCAGUACACCCACCAAAAGAGACAGUUCCGCCCUCCAGGAUCUCUACAUUCCCCCUCCUCCUGCAGAACCGUAUAUUCCCAGGGAUGAAAAAGGAAACCUUCCUUGUGAAGACCUCAGAGGACACAUGGUGGGCAAGCCAGUUCAUAAGGGAUCUGAAUCACCAAAUUCAUUUCUGGAUCAGGAAUAUCGAAAGAGGUUUAAUAUUGUGGAGGAAGAUACUGUCUUGUAUUGUUAUGAAUAUGAAAAGGGGAGAUCAAGUAGUCAAGGAAGACGAGAAAGCACCCCAACUUAUGGCAAGCUACGACCUAUAUCUAUGCCAGUGGAAUAUAAUUGGGUGGGGGACUAUGAAGAUCCAAAUAAGAUGAAGAGAGAUAGUAGAAGAGAAAACUCUCUACUCCGAUAUAUGAGCAAUGAAAAAAUUGCUCAAGAAGAAUACAUGUUUCAGAGAAACAGCAAAAAAGACACAGGGAAGAAGUCUAAAAAGAAGGGUGAUAAGAGUAGUAGCCCGACUCACUAUUCAUUGCUACCUAGCUUGCAAAUGGAUGCACUGAGACAAGAUAUCAUGGGCACACCUGUGCCGGAGGCCACACUAUACCAUACAUUUCAGCAGUCUUCUCUGCAGCACAAAUCAAAGAAGAAAAACAAAGGUCCUAUAGCCGGCAAGAGCAAAAGACGGAUUUCUUGCAAAGAUCUUGGCCGUGGUGACUGUGAGGGCUGGCUUUGGAAAAAGAAAGAUGCGAAGAGUUAUUUUUCACAGAAAUGGAAGAAAUACUGGUUUGUCCUAAAGGAUGCAUCCCUAUAUUGGUAUAUUAAUGAGGAGGAUGAAAAAGCAGAAGGAUUCAUCAGUCUGCCUGAAUUUAAAAUUGAUAGAGCCAGUGAGUGCCGCAAGAAAUAUGCAUUCAAAGCCUGUCAUCCUAAAAUCAAAAGCUUUUAUUUUGCUGCUGAGCAUCUUGAUGAUAUGAACAGGUGGCUUAACAGAAUUAAUAUGCUGACUGCGGGAUAUGCAGAAAGAGAGAGGAUUAAGCAAGAACAAGAUUACUGGAGUGAGAGUGACAAGGAAGAAGCAGAUACUCCAUCAACACCCAAACAGGACAGCCCUCCACCCCCCUACGAUACAUACCCACGGCCUCCCUCCAUGAGUUGUGCCAGUCCUUAUGUGGAAGCGAAACACAGCCGGCUCUCCUCGACAGAGACCUCUCAGUCGCAGUCCUCCCAUGAGGAGUUUCGCCAGGAACUGACUGGGAGCAGUGUGGUGUCCCCCAUUCGCAAGACAGCCAGUCAGCGCCGCUCCUGGCAGGAUUUAAUCGAGACGCCCCUGACGAGCUCAGGGUUACACUAUCUUCAGACUCUGCCCCUGGAGGAUUCCGUCUUCUCUGACUCCGCGGCCAUCUCCCCAGAGCACAGGCGGCAGUCCACCCUUCCAACUCAGAAGUGCCACCUACAGGAUCACUAUGGGCCGUACCCCUUAGCCGAGAGCGAGAGGAUGCAAGUGUUAAAUGGAAACGGGGGCAAGCCUCGAAGUUUUACUCUGCCUCGAGAUAGCGGGUUCAACCACUGCUGUCUGAACUCGCCGGUUAGUGCCUGUGACCCGCAGGAUGACGUGCAGCCCACAGAGGUGGAGGAAGAGGAGGAGGAGGAGGAGGAGGAAGGGGAGGCAGCAGGGGAAAACAUAGGAGACAAAAGUGAAAGUAGGGAAGAAAAGUUAGGAGACUCUUUGCAAGAUUUAUAUAGGGCAUUGGAGCAAGCCAGUCUGUCACCACUGGGAGAACAUCGCAUUUCAACCAAGAUGGAAUACAAGCUAUCAUUUAUAAAGAGAUGUAAUGAUCCUGUGAUGAAUGAAAAACUACACAGGCUAAGAAUUCUCAAAAGCACUUUAAAGGCCAGAGAAGGGGAAGUAGCCAUUAUUGAUAAAGUCCUAGACAAUCCAGACUUGACAUCAAAAGAAUUCCAACAAUGGAAGCAGAUGUACCUCGAUCUUUUCUUGGAUAUCUGUCAAAACACCACCUCAAAUGACCCAUUAAGUAUUUCUUCUGAAGUAGAUGUAAUCACUUCCUCCCUAACACACACUCAUUCAUACAUUGAAACGCAUGUGUAAGUGUAUUCUGCCCUCUGGCCAUGUGGUACCUUCUGGUACUUUGAACAAGUAUAUAAGGUAGUUUUUAUAUCAACGUGUGGGACACUUGACAAGCUAUACUUCAAUGUUACC